AUAAUCAUCCGACAGCAGCGAACCAGGACACCGCCGCGAGCAAAGCAUCUCCACGGGCUGUUUUGUCGAAGAAUAGCGGACAAACUGAGCGUGUUAACGUGGCAGCACCACGCGCGAGAGUACAACAAAAUGGCGGAUACACUCACCAAUAUGGCGAUGGACUCCCGCCACAGCAUCCAA